AAUCGCCAACUAACAAAUUCCCUCCCUACCUUCAUAUAAAACCAUUGAUAUUUCCUUGACACUCUCAGCACUCCACCACAUGGAUUCUUCAUCAGAAAAGCUCCAUCAAGCCCUGCUGACUACGAAUGACCCACCAUCACCUUCAUCACCGACAUCUCCGUUGUUACUGAACAAUGAUCACCGACAAAAUCAUCGGCUUGAAAGCAUCCUAUCAGACACCCAAGUACCAUACCUCAACCGUCUCGGCUCCGCCGCCGUCGUAGAACUAAAGCUCUUGUUCUACCUCGCUGCCCCGGCGGUUACUGUGUACAUGAUCAAUUACGUGAUGUCCAUGUCCACACAGAUCUUCUCUGGCCAUCUUGGUAACCUUGAGCUGGCUGCAGCCUCUCUCGGCAACACUGGCAUCCAAGUCUUCGCCUAUGGCCUUAUGCUGGGAAUGGGAAGUGCGGUCGAGACCCUAUGCGGCCAGGCCUAUGGAGCCCGCAAGUACAACAUGUUAGGCAUCUACCUUCAAAGAUCGACCAUUCUCCUAAUGGCCACUGCAGUCCCACUUACCAUAAUAUACAUUUUCUCGAAGUCCAUUUUAAUACUCCUCGGGGAGUCCUCUACGAUUGCCUCUGCUGCAGCAAUCUUCGUCUAUGGCCUCAUACCUCAGAUAUACGCGUACGCUGCCAACUUCCCUAUACAGAAGUUUUUGCAAGCUCAGAGUAUUAUCGCCCCGAGUGCCUAUAUCUCGACUGGGACACUAGCCAUACACCUCCUCUUUAGCUGGCUGGUGGUGUAUAAGAUCGGCCUUGGGUUGUUCGGUGCGUCCUUUUUAUUAAGCCUCUCAUGGUGGAUCGUGGUUGUUGCCCAGUUCGUGUAUAUAUUAAAGAGUCAGCGGUGCAAGUACACAUGGACAGGUUUUUCGCUGCAGGCAUUUUCGGGGCUGCCUGAGUUCUUGAAAUUGUCUGUGGCAUCAGCGGUGAUGUUGUGCUUGGAGGCAUGGUAUUUUCAGAUACUGGUGUUGCUGGCCGGGCUGCUGAAGAAUUCAGAGCUGGCCUUGGAUUCUCUCUCUAUAUGCCUGACAAUCAACGGCUGGGUUUUUAUGAUUUCCGUUGGAUUCAAUGCAGCUGCAAGUGUGCGAGUGAGCAAUGAGUUAGGUGCGAGGAAUCCCAAGUCAGCAUCAUUCUCCGUCAUGAUUGUAACCUUAACUGCUUUCAUAAUUUCCGUAAUAGUAGCUUUAGUCGUCCUAUCUCUACGCGAUGUCAUCAGCUAUGCCUUCACAGAAGGAGAAGCCGUAGCAAAUGCAGUAUCGGAUCUUUGUCCAUUGCUUUGCAUCACUCUCAUCCUCAACGGUGUCCAACCCGUCUUGUCUGGUGUUGCUGUCGGCUGUGGAUGGCAAACAUUCGUGGCUUACGUAAAUGUGGGAUGCUAUUACAUAAUCGGGAUUCCAUUAGGUGCGCUGCUCGGCUUCAAGUUUGACCUCGGAGCAAAGGGAAUAUGGACGGGGAUGAUAGGUGGUACCGUGAUGCAAACCCUCAUCUUAUUGUGGGUCACAUUCCGAGCAGAUUGGAAUAAAGAGGUUGAGGCUGCUAUAAAACGCUUGGAUAAGUGGCACGAUGAUACUCUUACGAAGAACUGAAGAUGAAGAUGGUCCUUAUACUUUCAUUUCUUUCCUAUAAAAAUAAACGCAAACGAUUGGAGGGGGAUCACUAUUUGAUCUCGGUAGCUGUCGCAUCUCUCUCUCAAUCUCAGCUGGGUUGAAUCACUCCCAAAACACACGUAAAUUCCAAAGAAUUUAAGCAAGGCAGAAUUCACAACGUACGGCCACUUCUGGAUCACCUAACUUGUAGGGUGUACGUAGAAUGAAUGAUCUAAUUCCAACCUUCCACUAGGCACAGUUGAUUCCAUCAUUGGUUAUCAUCUCAUCCUGCAUUUCCGAGUGAGCUUACAUAGGUUAAUAUCUAUAUCCUUUGUU